AUGGGGCAAGUCCUGCUAGACCAGAGGAAGAUCCCCAUCAAGCGGGCCGACAUCGUGAAGCACGUCCUGGGCGACUACAGGGACAUGUUCCCCGACCUCCUGCACCGCGCCGCCGAGCGCCUGCAGUACGUGUUCGGGUACCGGCUGGUGGAGCUGGAGCCCAAGAGCAACACCUACAUCCUCAUCAACAGCCUGGAGCCCGUGGAGGAGGACGCCGAGCUGCGGGGCGACCAGGGCACGCCCACCACCGGCCUGCUGAUGAUCGUCCUGGGGCUCAUCUUCAUGAAGGGCAACGCCGUCAAGGAGACGGAGGUCUGGGACUUCCUGCGCCGCCUGGGGGUGUACCCCACCAAGAAGCACUUGAUCUUCGGCGACCCCAAGAAGCUCCUCACCGAGGACUUCGUGCGGCAGCGGUACCUGGAGUACCGGCGGAUCCCGCACACGGACCCCGUGGACUAUGAGUUGCAGUGGGGCCCGCGAACCCACCUGGAAACCAGCAAGAUGAAAGUGCUGAAGUUUGUGGCCAAAGUCCAUAACCAGGACCCCAAGGACUGGCCGGCCCAGUACUGCGAGGCCCUGGCGGAGGAGGAGGACAGGGCCCGACCUCAGGCCAGCGCCCCUUCCCAGGCCGGCGCCGGAUCUCAGGCCGGCGCCCGAUCUCAGACCAGUGCCCCAUCCCAGGCCGGCGCCCGAUCUCAGACCAGCACCCGACCUCCGACCAGCGCCCCAUCUCAGACCAGCGCCCAAGCCCCCUCCUCUUGAAGCCAUAGGUUCCAGGGGACUCCUGGGGGCGAGGGUCGAAGGCGCAGGCCUGAGAGGGGUGUCAGUGGGGCAGGGGGCAUAUUCCUGUAAAGCUGAAAUGUGUGUAGCUUUAGGAUGUGUUUGCAAACUUUUGUUUUUUUACUAUUUUAAAGUAUUUGGUUCUAAGUUUUCAUUUAUAAAAAUAUGAGUAGAGAAUUUAUUUUGUUUUAGUAUCUGUAUUUGUGUGUGUGUGUGUGUGUGUGUGUAUAAACUUGCUUUAUAAUACUAAUUGGAAAACUUUGUACUGUGAUUUGGAACAAAGAACACAUCAGUAAUUUGCUUUGGUGCCAAGUCAGUGUAAGUGGCUGUUAUAUGGCCUCCGAACUGCCCCAGUUUGUAAGGAAAAAUAAAAGCCUUUAUAAAUAAAAA